AGGGGUCUGUCCUUUGUUGCUGCCCGACCAGUGAGUCCUUUAACUACGCUCCAGCGGUGGUCACACAGAACUGACAAACUUAAACGGGAGGAGGGAAGAUGAUGUCCUUGGGUGGACCGCAGAAGACAAUCCGUAACCCGAUCAUUCCAUAUGUUGGGACCAUACAUGGUGGCCUUGUUCCUGGAAAGCAGAUUGUGAUACGUGGGACUGUUCCUGAUGAUGCAGACAGGUUCCAGGUGGAUUUACAGUGUGGCAGUAGCACACAGCCUCGAGCUGAUGUGGCGUUUCAUCUCAACCCCCGCUUCAAAAAGCAUGGCUGCGUUGUUUGCAACACGCUGGAGAGGGAAAAAUGGGGCUGGGAAGAGAUCACUUACCACAUGCCCUUUCAAAAAGGGAAGCCAUUUGAGAUUGUCAUAAUGAUUUUAAAGGAUAAAUUCCAGGUGUCUGUAAACAAGAGACACUUGCUGCUCUACAACCACAGAAUUAGCCUUGAAAGAAUAGAUACUCUUGGAAUAUAUGGUCAAGUGCACAUUGAAACCAUAGAUUUUGUUUCUAAUUCUUUACAAGGCUCUCAGCCAUCAUCUCUAGGAAUAACAAAGAUAAACACAGAAAAUGGGAAAAUGACGGAUGGUUCACAAUUUGGAGUUCCUUACGUUGGGAAACUGGAUGCAGCACUUCGUCCAGGAUGCACAGUUGCCAUUAAAGGGGAAGUGAAUAAAAACCCAAAGAGCUUUGCGAUAAAUCUGAAAUCAAGUGACUCAAAGGACAUUGCAUUACAUCUGAAUCCCCGAAUGAAAAAUAAAGUUUUUGUAAGAAACUCCUACCUUCAUGACAGCUGGGGAGAAGAAGAAAAGGAAGUUGAUGAUUUCCCUUUCAGUCCAGGGAUGUACUUUGAGCUGAUCAUUUUCUGUGAUGCCCACCAGUUCAAAGUUGCUGUUAAUGGUGUUCACACUCUGGAGUACAAGCAUCGUUUUAAACAACUUGAAAAGAUCAACAUAGUGGAAAUCACGGGAGAUGUUCAGCUGUUAGAUGUGAGGAGCUGGUAGUUCUUUUCAACCAGUACUAAAAGAAUUAAACGUCUUCUAACAACAGUGCCUCCUUGUCAAGUACAGACAGGUGCUGACUCAUGCCGAGCCUGCCUUUAACUAUCUAGGCUUCUGCGUCUGAGUUAGGCGAGUACCAGAACUGCUAACGGCGAGAUUAAAUCCUCCUCUAGUUUACAGUCUCCUGACAAGCUAAGUGUUUGCUC